AUGGAGCUGCUGAGUGCAGUAGAAGCAGCAGCACCAGGCUACUACACCACCCCCCUGAAGAACUGUCUCCUUGCUGCUGGUCUGUCUCCUCAGCUGCUUGACCCCAGCAGCAGCAGCAGCAGCAGCAGCAGCAGCAGCAGCAGCAGCAGCAGCAGCAGGAGUAGCGGUUUCGUGCUGCAGUGCACCCUUGAGGAAUUCCAGAUGCGGUCAUUCAAAUGCAGCAGCAGCAGCAGCAACAGCAGCAGCAGCAGCAGCAGCAGCAGCAGCGGAGAGACUACUGGCGGUGCUGCUGCUUCCCCUGUGAAGGGCCCCCAACAGCAGCAGCAGCAGCAGCAGCAGCAGCAGCAGCAGCAGCAGCAGGUGAGCUCGCUGCAGGAAGGGCCAAAAGAGACAAAAAAAAAACUGCUGAUUAUCUUUUUUUUAUAA